ACAACAACCACAGCAGCUUCAACAACAGGCACUGGCACAGAGGCCACAACUACCACCGCUGCUUCAACAACAUCCAAAGUUGCAGGAACAACAACCACAGAGUCAUUGACAACAACCACAGCAGCUUCAACAACAGGCACUGGCACAGAGGCCACAACUACCACCGCUGCUCCAACAACAUCCACAGUUGCAGGAACAACAACCACAGAGUCAUUGACAACAACCACAGCUGCGUCAACAACAGGCACAGAGGCCACAACCACCACCGCUGCUGCCACAACUACUACAACUGCACCCACAACAGCCACAGUUGCAGGAACAACAACCACAGAGUCUUUGACAACAACCACAGCUGCUUCAACAACAGGCACUGGCACAGAGGCGACCACUACCACCGCUUCUCACACAACUACUACAACUGCUCCAACAACAGCCACAGUUGCAGGAACAACAACCACAGAGUCUUUGACAACAACCACAGCUGCUUCAACAACAGGCACAGGCACAGAGGCGACCACUACCACCGCUUCUCACACAACUACCACCACUGCUCCAACAACAUCCACAUCAUUGACAACAACCACAGCUGCGUCAACAACAGGCACAGAGGCCACAACCACCACCGCUGCUGCCACAACUACUACAACUGCACCCACAACAGCCACAGUUGCAGGAACAACAACCACAGAGUCAUUGACAACAGGCACAGGCACAGAGGCCACAACUACCAACGCUGCUCCCACAACUACUACAACUGCUCCCACAACAGCCACAGUUGCAGGAACUACAACCACAGAGUCUUUGACAACAACCACAGCUGCUUCAACAACAGGCACAGAGGCCACAACUACCACCGCUGCUCCCACAACUACUACCACUGCACCCACAACA